UUGCGCUCAAUUUAAUUGCGUUUCAAUCGAUUUCUAUUGGAGUCAUCGUUACAAAUUAUUUAAAUAAGUAACAAUACAUCAUUUCUCAUUAAAUGACACAAUAUUUUGUCAUAUAUUACAUAUUCUUCUAUUUUUAACGAAUUUUAACAAUUUUAACGGUUUUUAACGGUCCAAACCUCAAAGUAAUGAUUUUUGGCGCCAGAAACUAGUCAUAGUAUAAAACGUGAUUAAGUGCACAUAAAAACUUAAAAUGUCUCUUAAACGCGGAGCUCUAAUUGUUCUCGAGGGUGUUGAUCGUUCGGGAAAGUCAACACAAUGCCGCAAACUAGUCGAAUCUCUCAAAAGAAAGAAUCAAUCAGCUGAACUCUUUGUGUAUCCGGAUCGUAGCACCCUCACAGGGCAACUCAUCAGUAAAUAUCUAAGUGAUAAAGAUUGUAAACUGCAUGAUAAAGCAAUCCACCUCUUAUUCUCCGCAAAUCGCUGGGAAAACGCCGAUAAAAUGACCAAAAUGCUGCAUGAUGGUGUCACACUCAUAGUUGAUCGCUAUUCUUAUUCAGGAAUUGCUUACUCAUCAAUUAAACCAGGUAUGGAUCUUGAAUGGUGUAAAACACAAGAGAUUGGCUUGCCAAAACCAGACGCUGUGUUUCUACUAACUUUGAAUGAGGUUGAGAUGAAUAACAGGCCUGGUUUUGGCGAUGAGAGGUAUGAGAAGGAGAGCAUCCAGAAGCAGGUCCUGGAUGUCUUUCAUCAGCUGUUGGAUGCUUCCUGGGAGACUGUUGAUGCUUCGGGAAGCAUUGAUGAUGUGCACGAUAAGUUAAUGAGGAGGAUUCUUAAUGUUAUUGAUAAAGUGGGGAGUAAAAAACUGCAGACUCUUAAAUUUAAGGAGCAGAAUAUAGAAAACAGUCCAAUAAUUGCUAAUGGCACGCAUUAAUUGCUUAAUUAGGUUUAAAUUUUGAUAUUUUUGUGAUUUUAUGAAGAUUUCUGGAAAUAAUCUGAUGUAUUUAUACUGUGGUCAUAUAAUAGGUCUUUUAAUGUAUCUAUAUAGUCACUGAACACUUUAAAUUAGGAUAUUUAGGGAGAAAUCGUCGAUUUUUAUAAGGUUUUAGUUGAUUUUAAGAUACUGCAGCUAUUUGAUUACUAAAUAUGUGUAAAUUGUUAAUAAUAACUACAUUAUAAUGUUGUACUAAUAUAAAACUUUAGUUGGGCUA